AUGGCCGACAGCGAUGGCAAGAAGUCGCCUGACCCGAAGGCGGGAGGUGACGUCGCCGCCGCCAACCACGGCGAUUCGCACUCGGAGCAGGUUGGCGAUAUUCACUACGCGUACGCGGACUCGCGAAAGAUUGGUAUCACCGGCUCGGUAUUCCUCAUUUUGAAUAAGAUGAUCGGAACAGGAAUUUUCUCCACACCAUCCGGCAUAUUUGCCGCCACCGGUUCCGUGGGCGUAAGCUUAAUUCUCUGGGUCAUUGGCGGAAUCAUAACCUUCGCCGGUCUCAGCGUCUACCUCGAAUUCGGCCUCGCGAUCCCCGCUCCGGCGAUGCUCCUCCUCGGCUUUUCCUCUGGCAACUCCCUCGCCUUCGGACGCUACGUGCUCUACGCGGCCGGCGUCCGCGCCGGCGAUACCUACCAAGCCCGCGGCAUCGGCGUCGCCUGCGUGACGUUCGCCGUCGUCCUGCACUCCGUCGCCCCGAAAUGGGGUAUCCGCCUGCUCAACGUCCUCGGCGUCUUCAAAGUCGUCGUGCUCCUCUUCAUCGUCUUUUCCGGUUUCGCCGCCCUCGCCGGCCACCGCCGCGUGCCCGACCCGGAAAACUUCAAGAACGCGUUUGACCUCUCCGACGCGGAUCGCUACAAGGGGUGGGAGAAUGCAAAUUACGUCCUCUCCGAGGUGAAGAACCCCCGUCGCACCCUGGCCAUUGCCGCCCCGCUCGCCAUCGGUUUGGCGACCGUCUUGUACGUCCUCGCCAACAUUGCCUACUUUGCCGCGAUUCCCAAGGAUGCUCUCGUGGAGUCCGACGUCAUCGUUGCCGGCCUGUUCUUCACAAACAUGUUUGGAGAUAGCGCCGGGGCCAGGACCCUCCCGGUGUUUGUUUCCCUGAGCAACCUCGGAAAUGUGUUGGCCGUGAGUUUCGCGCAUGCUCGUCUUAAUCAGGAGUUGGGCAAGGAGGGUCUGCUGCCUGCGAGCAAAUUCUGGGCUUCGAACAAGCCCUUCAACGCCCCAGCAGCAUCAGUAACCUACAACUUCAUUGUCGAUCUCUACACGUAUCCCGGGGCCAUCAUAAACAUCUUCGUGCCCCUGGGCCUAUUGUGGCUCCACUACAAGAAAUCCGAGAACUGGACCUCGCCUUGGCACACUUACCUCCCCAUCAUCAUCCUCUUUAUCCUGAGCAACGUCUUCCUCACCCUCGUGCCGUUCAUUCCUCCGAAUACCGACUGGAACGCCGAGGGAUACCCGUAUUACGUCUUCCCCGUUGUCGGAUGGGGCGUGCUUCUGCUGGGCGUCGCGUACUGGGUUGGCUGGACUAAGAUUUGGCCCAAGAUUGGCGGAUAUCGCAUCAUCGCCGAGAGGACAAUCGACGAGGACGGUGCCGAGGUGGUGAGGUACAAGAAGGUAGAUCGAUAUGCCAGGUUGGAUUAA